AUGGGAAUCCUCUCACGCCUGUGCCUCUCUGCUGGUGAGGCUGACGGAGCUGUUUGCACAUCCUCCUACCCUUUGGGCCACAUCCUACUGUGGACAGCUCUGUUAUUCCUGGUUCCUGUUACUGGCACAUCUGCAGAUCUUCCAAAGGCGGUGGUGAACAUCGAGCCCCCGUGGAUCAAUGUGCUCAGGGAGGACUAUGUGACUCUGAAGUGCCACGGGGCAUACAUCCCGGGUAACCACUCCACCCAGUGGUUCCACAGAGGGAGCCUUAUGCCAACUGGGGUCCAGCCCAGCUACCGCUUUAAGGCCACCUUGGAUGACAGCGGAGAUUACAGGUGUCAGACACCCCUGACCAGCCUCAGCGACCCAGUGCAGCUGGAAGUGGUUUCUGAUUGGGUGUUACUCCAGACCUCUCAGUUGGUGUUUCAGGAGGGGGACUCCAUUGUGCUGAGAUGUCACAGCUGGAAGAGCAAGCCCCUGUACAAGGUCACGUUCUUCCAGAAUGGGAAGUCUCAGAAGUUUUAUCCCAAAAAUUCCAACUUCUCCAUCCCACGAGCAAACCACAGUCACAGUGGAGAUUACUACUGCAAAGGUUUUCUAGGGAAUCAGCCUCACCAGUCACACAAUGUGACCAUCACUGUCCAAGGGUCUAAGAAGGCGAGCUCUUCCUCAAUGGAGGUGAUCAUCGCAGGAGUGAUCUCUGGGAUUGCGGUAAUAGUCAUUGUUGCUGCUGUGGUAGCCUUGUUCCACCUCAAGAGAAAACGAAUUUCAGCUCUCCCAGGAAACCCUGAGCACAGGGAAAUGGGAGAGAACCUCCCUGAGGAAGCAGCCAAUUUUACUAAUGACGAGGAUGCUGCUAAAAUUGAGGCUGAGAAGACAAUCAAUUACUCACUUCUCAAACACCCAGAAGGCCAGGAGGAAGAAAACAUAGAUUUUGUGUUGAAGACAUUCAGUGCACUGGAGGUUGCAGUAGACCCAAACACAGUCUCCAUGAAGUUAGGCUAUAUUCUGAGGGCCUGGGUGCUCUGCCUUUUUCUUGCUGUGUUCUGGGCAGCCCCGAUGUUACUGGCUGCGCAUCUUGAGAUGCUGCCAUGUGAAGAAACCAUGUCCUCUGGAUCUGUCAGCACGCAGGAGGACAGCUGCCACAAUGACGAUAACUUGACUGGCUCAAGAGACGAUGGUUUCCUGAUCAAAGGCUACUCUUUCAGUGAACCUUUCCAUCUGAUUGUGUCCUACGAUUGGCUGAUCCUUCAAGGUCCAUCCAGGCCUGUGUUUGAAGGAGACUCUCUGGUUCUGCGCUGCCGGGCCUGGCAAGAUUGGCCAUUGACCCAAGUCACCUUCUACCGGGAUGGCUCGGCUCUAGGUCCCCCUGGACCUAAUAGUGAAUUCUCCAUUGCUGUGGUUCAAGAGGCAGACAGUGGGCACUACCACUGCAGUGGUGUCUUCAAGAGUCCUGGGGCUGGAAGCCCAGAAACAGCAUCUUCUGUGGCCAUCACAGUCCAAGAACUAUUUCCAGCUCCAGUUCUCAGUGCCACACCCUCAGCUGAGCCCCAACAGGGGGUCCCAGUGACCCUGAACUGUCAGGCAAGGCUGUCCCUGCACAGGUCAGCCACACGCCUCCUCUUCUCCUUCUACAAGGAUGGCAGAAUGGUGAGAAACAAGGGUGUCUCCUCAGAAUUCCAGAUCCCCACAGCUUCAGAGGAACACUCUGGAUCCUACCGGUGUGAGGCAGCCACUGAGGACGGUCAAGUGUGGAAACAGAGUCUUCAGCUGGAGAUAAGGGUGCAGGGACCCUCCAUCUCUGUUGCAUCUCCUCCCUCAGCUCCUCAGAAGCCAUCUGUUUCAGACACUGCUUCAACCGAACCCCCAGGACCUCAGCCUUCUCUGACCUCCCCUUCUGAGAAUCCAGCUUCUGAGAACCCAUGCUUAUCCUCUCCUCUGCUGGCGCAUGAUCCCCACCUGCAUCACCAGAUGGGCAUUCUUCUCAAACAAAUGCAGGAAGUUAGAGCUCUCCUUGGGCACCUGGUCAUGGAGUUGAGGGAUUUAUCUGACCGCAGGAAGCCAGGCACCCCAAAGGCUUCUGCUGAAAAAAAGUAA